AUGGCCCACGUCUCCGACCAGGAGGAAGGACCUGGCGGGGGGCACAGCGAGUUCAGCGACAUCAUUAAGUCCAGAUCAGAUGGUGAAAAUGGCAACUGUGGCCGCAAUACUGCACCUCCUAAAAGUGCAUCGCGAGUGAGCUUGAUCAUGAGCGUCCAAACAGCCAAAAAAGUUGCGUGGAAAAAGUACAAGGUUGCUGCGCCUCGGGAUACUGACAGGCAGACGUGUUACCCUCCGCUGGAUGAACACAAUGAUGUGCAGAAAAAGACCUUUACAAAAUGGAUAAAUGCUCGGUUUUCCAAGAGUGGGAAGCCCCCAGUUAAGGACAUGUUCACAGAUCUGAAAGAUGGAAGGAAGCUUUUGGACCUUUUGGAGGGUCUGACGGGGAAACCUCUGCCAAAAGAACGAGGUUCCACACGAGUACAUGCCUUAAAUAACGUCAACAGAGUACUGCAAGUCUUGCAUCAGAACAACGUGGAGUUGGUGAAUAUUGGAGGAACUGACAUUGUUGAUGGAAAUCACAAGCUGACGCUGGGGCUGCUGUGGAGCAUUAUCUUGCACUGGCAGGUGAAGGAUGUCAUGAAGAACAUUAUGUCAGAUUUGCAGCAGACCAACAGUGAGAAGAUCCUGCUGAGCUGGGUUCGGCAGUCCACGAGACCUUACAGUCAGGUCAAUGUUCUGAACUUCACCACAAGCUGGGCAGAUGGACUCGCCUUUAAUGCUGUCAUCCACAGGCACAAACCUGAGCUUUUCAGCUGGGAUAAAGUUAUAAAGAUGUCCCCAGUUGAGAGGCUGGAACAUGCUUUCAGCAUAGCCAAGAACCACUUGGGAAUUGAGAAACUGUUGGAUCCUGAAGAUGUUGCUGUACAGCUUCCAGACAAAAAAUCUAUUAUUAUGUAUUUAACCUCUUUGUUUGAGGUCCUUCCUAAGCAAGUCACUAUGGAAGACAUCCGGGAGGUGGAGACCCUUCCAAGGAGAUACAAGCAGGAGUGUGAGGAUGGAGAGUUCAACAUGCAGCAGGCUGUAGCACUUGAAGAGGAGCAGGGCAGUUCUAGAGCAGAGACUCCCAGCACAGUGACAGAGGUGGAUAUGGACUUGGACAGCUACCAAGUUGCUCUGGAAGAAGUUCUUACAUGGUUGCUGUCAGCUGAGGAUGCAUUUCGGGAACAGGAGGAAAUAUCUGGUGAUGUUGAGGAAGUCAAAGAGCAAUUUUCCACCCAUGAAGGUUUUAUGAUGGAACUGACUGCGCACCAGAGCAGCGUGGGCAGCGUUCUGCAGGCUGGAAACCAACUGGUGGCCCAGGGAAAUCUGUCGCCUGAAGAGGAGUUUGAGAUCCAGGAGCAAAUGCUGCUGCUGAACUCCCGCUGGGAGGAGCUCAGGGUGGACAGCAUGGACAGGCAGUCCCGCCUGCACGACAUGCUGAUGGAGCUCCAGAAGCAGCAGUUACAGCAGCUGUCUGACUGGCUGACGGUCACAGAAGAACGCAUUCAGAAGAUGGAAUCUCAGCUCUCAGCAGAAGAUUUGGAGUCCCUUCAAAAACACCUGGAGGAACAUAAAAGCCUGCAGAGUGACCUAGAGACAGAACAGGUGAAGGUAAACUCCCUAACGCACAUGGUCGUCAUUGUUGAUGAAAGCAGUGGGGAAAGUGCAACAGCUAUUCUGGAGGAACAAUUGCAGAGGCUUGGUGAGCGGUGGACAGCAGUUUGUCAUUGGACUGAGGAACGACGGGUAAAGUUGCAAGAAAUUCAGCUUUUAUGGCAGGAGCUGCUGGAAGAGCAGUGCUUAUUGAAAGCUUGGUUAACUGAGAAAGAAGAGGCUUUGAGUAAGGUCCAGACAAGCAACUUCAAAGAUCAGACAGACCUGAGUGUGAAUGUUCGAAAACUAGCAAUUUUGAAAGAGGACAUGGGUAUGAAACGGCAAACACUAGACCAGCUAAAUGAGCUAGGUCAGGAUGUGGCCCAAAUCCUUGGGAAUGGCAGAGCAUCCAGUAAAAUUGAUCAGGAUCAAGAAGAACUCACUCAGAGGUGGGACAGUUUGGUUCAGAAGUUAGAGGAUUACUCUAACCAGGUAACUCAAGCUGUAGGAAGUGUAGGGAUGUCACAGGUUCCACAGAAGACUGCUGCAGAGACAAUGCCAUUGAAGGAACAGGUAGUGGUUAAACAAUCCAGACAGGAGUUGCCCCCACCGCCACCCCCAAAGAAAAGGCAAAUCCCAGGGGACAGUGAAGCAAAGAAAAAGUUUGAGGCUGAAAGUGCUGAGCUCUUGAACUGGAUUUCAAAAUCAAAAUCUGCUAUUCAGGCCACAGACAUCAAAGAGUACAAGAAGAUGAGAGAGACUUCAAACAUGAAAGAAAAGUUGAAGGUCAUCGAAAAAGAAAGGGUUGAAAAAAGCCAAAAGUUAGAUGAACUGAAACGAAGUGGACAUAUUCUUUUGGAUCAAAUGGGAAAGGAGGGACUUUCUACAGUGGAUAUAAAAAGUGUGAUGGAGAAAAUAUUGUCAGGGUGGAAAGAUGUGGUUCAACAUCUGGAAGAAGUGGCCAGAAAGAUAAAGUACCAGGAAGAUAUAAGUGCUUAUUUUAAGGAAAUGAGUGAGCUUGAGAAGACUGUAAUUGAGAAGGAUAACUGGCUUAAAAAUGACGCUUCUUCAGCAUCCCAGCCCUCAGCAGUCCUGAAAGACUUAUGUCAGCGGGAGUUAACUCAUCUUGUAAGCCUGAGUCCACAGUUGGAACACCUGAAGGCCACGUGCAAGGCACUCACCUCUCAGCCCAUGCCUCCAAACUUCAUUCAGGAGAGCUUGCAUGGUUUUCUUAAUCACUUCAAGUUGACUCAUCAGAAACUAGAGGAAUGUCACCAGCAGCUGAAGAAAG